GAAAGAAAAAAUGGCUUCGUUCUGUAGAUCAGCUGCGAGGUCAGGGAUGAGAUCCAUGGCUGCGUUACGGAACCAAAACCUAAAUUCAAAACCUUUCUCUUCUCCGUUCCCUCUUCCAACAACAAGCUCUCUUCCUCACACUUCUAGAUUUGCAGUGGCCCUGGCAAGUGUGGAAUCAAUGAUGCCUCUUCACAGUGCAAUUGCUAAUUCUCGUCUCAAAUCAAGUAUUGCUGUUGACUCUAGUUGCUGGAGUUGGAUGUCCCAAGGGCUUUCAUUACCAUUGUGACGAAGGGACCCAUGGUGCGUUAAAAGUAAAACAAGGCUACAUUAUUUUGCAGUUCCUCGGUGACAAAGUUUGAAGGCUGUCACAACUCUGAACCGAAAGCAUUUGUUUGAUUUGUUUUUCUGUUAGCCACAACUUGUGUACUUCUAUUUGGUGUAAGUCAUGCCUUGUGGUAUAUGGAUUUUGUAUCUUCUCUGCUAAGAGUAUUGAGAGCAUAUAACUUGGAAAUUUUCAUUGUAUUGAUAAUAAUAAACUUGAAAGCCUGUUCCGUUAUGAUUAAUGGUACUACUAAGCUUCCAC